AUGAAGUUACGUAAAGUUUCGGAAAAUCCACGAAAAUGUGGAUUACCACUACGUACUACUACUGUGCGUAGCAAACGAUAUGUGCGAAAACCAAACUAUCAUUUGAAAGUAUUGGGUGGUACAGAUGUCGAAGUGGGUGAACAUCCAUGGACUGUGGCUCUUUACCUGUAUGAUUUUUACUGUUGCGUUGGUACGCUGAUUUCACGUAAGCACGUUAUAACAGCGGCACAUUGUUUUAUUAGAGAAGAUGCUAAGACGUCAGUAGGACGAUGCCACACGAAACAUGCGAUAACUGAAGAAGAAGCUUUGAAACACACUAAAAUAAUGUACGGAUCAAAAUGCCUGAGACGAAGUAAAGCAAGCAAUUGUUUUAAUUCAGCAGCGAUGAAAGCAGUAAGAAUCAUAAGGGCUCAAUAUGGACGUUUCUUCCGACAACGUUGCUUUGGCGGUGAUAUUGCGUUAUUGGAAUUGGAGCAUGAAAUAAAUGAAGUGGAUGCAAAUUAUAUUUGCUUAGCAAGUAGAAUUCUACCGGGCGAGAAGUUUUAUACCAUUCAGAGUGUUGGUUGGGGAAGCAAUCCAGCUAUGAAACGUAUUAUUAUGAAUAAUUUGCAAAAAUUGGAAUUUAAUCGUUUGUUGGAUCGUGAUAUAUGUAAAGAGAAAGUGAAUGGAAUACCGGAUGAUGUUUUGUGCACUGAAGAAACACACAGUAAAAAUGUUUGCUUGGGUGAUAGUGGCGGUGGUUUGAUGGUGCAAAUUCAUGAUGGACGUUGGCUACUUCUUGGUAUCGUCUCAUACGGUACCUCUUGCGAUGGAUUAUUUCAGAAGGAAGCGCAACCUUUAGCUCAAGUUUACACAAAUGUUAAAAUGUAUAGUGGAGAGAUUGAUAAAUUCACGGGAUACUUCUUACCUUGGGAAAAGGUUUAA